CGGACUGGAGGUUGGACCGCAGCACAGAGAGAAGGAGGAGGGAGGAUCCGUGAGCUGCUGGAGGCGUGAAAACUCAGAGUAAGCAGCCGGAAAGUUGAGUCAGUCAGUUGAGCGGAAGUGAGCUCUGGUACAGGUGUCACUCCUUCUAUGGUGGUUGAGUGACUUCUUUUACUUAAAGGCUUCGAAGUGGUUCGGGAUUAAAGUUAGAAGAGGAACAACAUGUCGAGCCUCCGACCCAGACUGUGUGUGCUGGAGAAAGGAACCAGCGGCUACGGGUUCCACCUGCACGGAGAGAAGGGCAAGACCGGGCAGUUCAUCAGGCUCGUGGAGCCCGACACUCCCGCCUCCGCAGCCGGGCUCCUCGCGGGCGACCGGUUGGUGUUCGUGAACGGGGAGCGCGUGGAGGGCGAGAGCCAUCAGCAAGUGGUCGCCAGGAUACGAGCCACGGCCGGGGCUCUGGAGCUCAUCGUGGUCGACGCCGACACGACGGAGCUGCUGAGGAAACACAACCUGCAGUGCCGGAAAGAGUUCGCCUCGGAGGGGAUUCCCCUGCCCGGCGGGGACAGCGACUCGGACCGCGGGGACUCACAGAGCAACGGCACCCCGAGGGGGUCCAGCCCGGUCCAGCGGGAGAACGGGGAUACUUCCUCGGAGAGGUCGGGGAGGCUGAGUGUCAGCUCCAGCACCAAGGAUGAGAGUGGUGGGCUGCGGCCUCGUCUCUACCACCUGAAGAAGGGAGCUAACGGCUACGGCUUCAACCUGCACAGUGAGAAGUCCAAACCGGGUCAGUUCAUCAGAGCCGUGGACGACGACUCUCCAGCACAGAGAGCCGGACUCAAACCACAGGACAAGAUCGUCCAGGUGAACGGGGUGUCAGUGUUUGGGAUGCAGCACUCGGAGGUGGUGGCAAACAUCAAGUCUGGAGGAGACGAGACCAGUCUGCUGGUGGUCGAUGCCGAGGCCGACGACUUCUUCAAGAGGUGCAACGUCCUGCCCACUGAGGAGCACCUCACCGGACCUCUUCCUGAGCCGGUGUCACAGAGACCAUCAGAGGAGGAAGAGGUGUCAGUGAUAAAGACUAAAGGGUCUGUGAGCUCGUCGGCCUCCAGCGCCUCCUCCAACACCUCCCUGCCAGCAGCGACCACUGGCACCCCCCCUCCAGAGGCCGACCGGGCCCCGGGGCCGACCUCAGGAACCGGGGGUCUGGGUCUGGGUCUGUCGCUGGCUCAGGCCAGAGAACGAGCCCAUCAGAAACGAGCCGCCAAGAAAGCCCCGCCCAUGGACUGGAGCAAGAGGAACGAACUCUUCAGCAACUUGUAAACACCAUCAUCAUCAUCAUCAUCAUCA